GCCAAGCAGGACUGAUGUUUCCUGCUUCCCCCACUUACUUAACGGACGCUCAUGGACAGCAAGAACAUUCACAUUCACUUUGAGUUUUCUUUUAUAAUUUUUUUUACCAAAUCGAGAUUGGAAAAAGUGUUCGUUGUGCCGACAGUUUAAAUGGUGUGGAGCGAAAAAAAGCUCCGCUGAACCUCCUAAAGUAGAUGAACGCCGCAUCAAAAUACUGUAAGACGGAGCUGUCUGGACAGUCGGGUCAGGAACUCCUCCAGAUGCUGAGAUUUGACCCACGAUGGGCACGGGCCAGUUGCAUCCUUGAAGUGUCAUCCGGAGGAGGAGGACGCUUUACUCUAUGACCUUGCACCCUUUGAAUGCCGACAGCCCCGAAGAUGGAGGAGCAACCCAGUCACCCCAACGUCAGCAUACCCUGCCACGACGAGCAGAGGGACAAGAAGAAGCGUUACACGGUUUACAAAGUAAUAGUUAAUGUUGGACAACAGGAAUGGUUUGUCUUCAGGCGUUAUGCAGAGUUUGAUAAACUCUACAACACAUUACGGAAACAGUUUCCAUCUAUGAACUUGAAAAUUCCUGCCAAGAGGAUAUUUGGGGACAAUUUUGACCCUGAGUUCAUCAAGCAAAGAAGAGCAGGGUUGCACGAGUUCAUCAAGCGAAUCGUCUCCCAUCCUCAGCUUUGCAACCAGCCUGAUGUGAGGACCUUCCUGCUGAUGGACAAAAUGCAAAACCUUUCCGAUGCCUCUGAGGACGAAGAUGACAAAAACAACUCUACCUCCAGAAUCAUUAACCUGGGACCUUCUGGAAACCCACAUGCCAAGCCAACAGACUUUGACUUUUUAAAAGUCAUCGGAAAGGGGAGUUUUGGAAAGGUUUUCCUUGCAAAACUAAGGCAUGACGAAAAGUAUUAUGCAGUCAAGGUUUUACAGAAAAAGGUCAUUCUCAACAGAAAAGAGCAAAAACACAUCAUGGCUGAGCGCAACGUGCUGCUGAAGAAUGUGAAACACCCUUUCCUGGUUGGGCUUCAUUACUCCUUCCAGACCACAGACAAGUUAUACUUCGUCUUGGAUUUUGUCAAUGGAGGAGAACUUUUCUUCCAUCUUCAAAAAGAGCGGACCUUUCCAGAGCCCAGAGCAAAGUUCUACAUUGCUGAGAUGGCCAGUGCACUGGGAUAUCUGCAUUCUCUCAACAUUGUUUACAGAGACCUGAAGCCAGAAAACAUCCUCCUUGACUAUGAGGGGCAUAUCGUUUUGACGGACUUUGGCUUGUGCAAGGAAGGCAUCUCCCAGACCGACACCACCACUACGUUCUGUGGAACACCGGAGUACUUAGCUCCAGAAGUCCUGAAGAAGCAGCCGUAUGAUAACACAGUGGACUGGUGGUGUCUGGGUUCAGUGCUGUAUGAAAUGCUCUUUGGACUGCCGCCGUUCUACAGCAGGGACACGCAUGAAAUGUAUGACAACAUCCUCCACAAGCCGUUGGUGAUACGUCCUGGUGCGUCCAGCACAGCCUGGACUCUCCUCCAGGGCCUGCUGGAGAAAGAUGGCACACACAGACUGGGGUCUCGGGAUGACUUUCAUGAGAUCAAAGCACACAGCUUCUUCUCCUCCAUCAACUGGGAUGACCUCGAACAGAAGAAGAUCCCUCCCCCAUUCAAGCCAAAUGUGAGCUCUUACUGUGACAUCUCAAACUUUGAUCCUGAGUUUACAGAUGAGAUGGUCCCCAACUCCAUCUGCUGGUCUAAAGAUCAUUCCAUUAUCAACGCCAGUGUAAUGGAAGCUGACGAUGCCUUUGUGGGCUUUUCUUACGCCCCAGCUUCUGAUGACUCUUUCCUAUGAAACAUUCCUAAUGAGGUCUUUGGUUGCCUUAGCCAUCAUAACUUCUUUUGACUAAAGGGAAAGAUUUACACCAUGGAUUAACUUGUUCUAUGAAGCCAAAGCAAGCAGCUGAGACAAAACAGCACUUAAAACAUAUUUUGGUUGGAACAAAGAGUGCCAGAAAAGUCUUUAUUUUUUAUAAAUUUGUAUUUAUAUAAAUAUAUAUAUGACAUAUUUUAAGAAUUAAGGACAACCAUCCUCUAUGAAUGUUAUAUCUGAUGGUUUCUAAAAUGAGCCUUUAUAAAGCCUUAAAUGUGUCCCUUAAAUUAAAUCAACAAGCGAUUUUCUGAAAAACUUGAACAAUUCACUGGACUUAAGAUCACCAUUUGACUGUCGGAUGGAAGUAUUUUUGUCCAUGUAAUUACUGUAAAAAUCUAAUUAUCUAGACAUUUUAACUAAGCUGGAAAUAGGGAUUACUUGAGAGACCACUGAAUAAAGCAUUUUGGUUUAUAGGUCACAUUUGUAAAAAAAGAAAAUGUCUGCUACUUAUUCAGUUACCUCUCAGUUUGUCUUUAAAUAUUUUGUGAUUUUUUUUGUAUUGCAUUGUUUGUGUUUAUGUUCUUGCUCUUAUUUGCCUUAUCACAUUUAUUCAUAAUUGCAGAAAAUAAAAAUUCACAAUGCUUUGCUUGAACAUGUCAUGUCUGAACAUUAAGUAGGCUUAUACUCUUGCACAGUAAUAAAAAAAUAUCGAAAAACUAUAAUUUCAAACUGUCUGUGUAUUUAAUUAAAAUUGUAGAUUUUGCAAUAA